CACAACUUUUUCGUGUUUAAGUAAAAAAUUCAUCUUGAGGCAAUGGGAUCUAAAGAAUUGUCAAUGAAAUUCGAGGAAGUGUUGAAAUUGAGUAACAACGAAGAUGUUGUUAUUGCAGAUGAUUAUUCAGAUUCAGACACAAGUCUUCGUGUAUUGGACCUUACCGGUGUUGAUGGUUUUAUGGAAUUUUAUGCGUUUGACAAUGUUAGUAUGUCUUGUGACACUUUUGAAUCCAAAGAAGAUGUUGUUGCAGAUGAUUAUUCAGAUUCAGACAUAAUAAGUCUUCGUCUAUUGGACCUCACCGAUGUUGAUGAUUUUAUGGAAUGUUACACGGAUGACAACGUUAGUAUGUUCUAUUCAUGUGACCCUUUUGAAUCCAAAGAAAACGCGAUGCAAUACAUAGCGGAUUUUAUUAUAACACAUCCAUGGACUAGAGCAAUUUGUUUAAAUGGCAAGGUAAUUGGUUCUAUUUGUGUGACCCCUUUGGAUCAAGAAUGGUAUAUGUGCAGGGCCGAAAUUGGAUACGAGUUAACAUCAAAGUAUUGGGGCAAAGGGAUUGCCACCAAGGUUGUGAAGAUGGUGGCGUCCACCAUCUUCGUAGAAUGGCCACAUUUGGCCAGGCUUGAGGGUGUGGUGGAUGUUGAAAAUCUAGCAUCACAAAGGGUGUUGGAGAAGGCUGGAUUUACAAAAGAAGGUAUAAUGAGGAAAUAUUAUCUUUUUGAUGGGGAACCAAGAGAUAUGGUAAUGUUUAGUCUUUUAUCCACUGAUCCUUUAGACAAUUUGAGUCUAGAUAUCCCGAGGUGUGGAAAGAGCAGCUGUGAGGAGCGGAAAAACCAUUCAGGAAGAAUAAAUUUUCGCGAUACUAAAAGGAACUUUGAACGAAACUUUGGAUUAUUUGGAACAAGUCUUUGGAUUAUUUGGAACAAGUUGAUAAAUUAG